AUGCGGAUUAGGCUUAGGAGUCAAUUCGAUCCGCAUUAUGCUGACAGUUCUGUACUUAGCGGAGAUUGGUCACACGAAGCUAGGCUUUUGGACAGACUGGACCUGGCUAGAGGCCUCGGUAGCCAGGAGCAGAGCUCUGAGUACGAAGCAAAUGCAUCUGAUUGUGUUGUUGUCAAUGCUGUACCCAUUCAGGACAACGGCUGUUACAAAUUUGAUAAUAAUCUCUUGAUUUAUCAGAGCCACUCCACAAAUGGCCAGAAAACAAGCAAAGAAGACAUCACAUUGAAUGACUUGUGUGAAGUCAACACCAUCACAAAUGUAGGCAAUACAAAUAUCCGAAGAAGGGAGCAAGAUACAGGCCAGGAUGUUGAACUUGAAUGCCAUGAAGUGGUCCCCUGCAUCAACGCGAGCCACCAGCUCUUGUAUCUGCCCGACCCAAGCCGUCGCGCCGGGUUGUCUCGUGCCCCAGAGCCUUGUAAUGCAGCCGCCUCAAUCAAACUUGGCAAGAACAAACUUUCAGACAAGUCAGAAACCCGAGAGGCCAGUGAAACAGGGGAUCCUUGUUCCUUCGCAGAAAGCAAAGUGAGUUUUAAGUGUUUUUUUUAA